AUGACCUCGACGCCCGCGAGCCCGACCCGCCCCUCGCCCAACGACCUCCAGUCUCACCUCUACACCUCGUUCUUGCAGCGCAAGACUGCGGAUGUCGCGCUCCGAAUAUCCGGCUCGUGGAACGCAGUCUACAGGCUGCAUCGCGUCGUCCUGAUACAAGCUGGUUAUUUCCAGUCCCUAUUCACGUCAGGCUUUAGUGAAUCGAGAGCGAAGCACUCCGGCCACCGCGCGGACCCAGAAUAUAUUGACAUAGUGUUUGAUGAUCUGAAUAUCACACGCGCAGGUGAAGUAUGCAUCGCAAGACUGUAUGGCGGCGGCCCACCUCUCUGGAUAUCCCCCUCCUUGAUACCCACUCCCACCUGCCCGCUGACACCUGUAUUUGCAUCUGGAGGCCCCGAUUAUACCCCUCAGCCGUCUGGUAGCGGUCUCCCCGCCAGCCUCGAUGUAUCAUCUGCGCCUAUUUUGCCACCCGGACACCACUCUGCCACUCCUCGCUUCCUUCUGUCGCUUCUUGCUACGGCGACGUUCCUUUCUAUUCCCUCUGUGGCCUCACAGGCGCUGUCUGCCAUACUGCGUACUGUCGGCCCGUACACUGUCGUUCCCUAUCUGAACUUUGCGCUAGGCCAUGGUAUUGGACCUGCUGGGGAGGUCGGACCCGAUGAUUUCCCCCAGGAUCCUGAAGCGGAGGCGGCUGUGGGAUUAGAGCAGGUCGCAGAACUCAUCCGGGAGGAAGAUUCGUCCUUCGAGUCGUUCGUCGAAAACCCUCGUCGCCAGGACGGGCCGGCUUGCGACGCCGGGACAUCGAAGGACGGGCCCAAACAUUCACAUAUCUGCGGCCCCAACGACACAGAUUCCGACACUGAUGCCGAAUACCACGAGGACGGAGGAAAGACGAGCGCGGAAACCCUGGAGCCUGUGUACUACUAUGGCGGCGUUUCCGACAAGGUGGGCGAAGCGGCAGCAUGCUGGCUUACUCGCUGGGGCACAGACAUGUUCCGAUACGAGGAACAGGCGGCAGCAUCCGAGUCGAAUGCUGCUGGUAAGGCGCCAGAAGUCAUAUGGUCUCCUGCAGCGCAUAAGGUGCAAUGGUCGACCGACAGGCCGGGAUCUGCUCCGCCGGAGAUGCUCGGUUCUCGAAUCGGCACGCCAACACUAGGCAGGAACGGAAAAUCAGAGCCUGUUGCCCCUGUUAUAUGGCGGCGGGGAGGAUUGACCGCACGCUGGGUCCGUGGAGUCUUGUCGGCGGAUGCCCUUUUUGUGCGAGGGGAAAAGGAGCGGUAUGAGAUGGCGCGGAGUGUGGUUGAGAUGAGGAGGGCCGCUCGUGCAAAAGGCGUCCCAGGGGAGUCGGAGGAGGUUGAAGAGGCUGAGUUUGAGCGGCUGUUCAAAGAGGGCAUUUACUAUGCUAACAUGCAUCUCGACGACCUGAUGGCAAUAUCUAAAGACGUCUCGCCUUCGACAGGGAAGCCUAUGGUCCCGCUUUCGGUGCUUCAGGCGGCGCAUUGGAACUACUCUGCGCUUUACCACAGGAUUACUGCACGUCCCCCUGGCUCAUCCUCCCCAUCCCUCUCACCCACGGGCGCCACAAAGGAGCUCGGUCUCGCUGUAUCUGCGGCAGAUAUUCCGAAAGAUACGUUGCAUCCAGAAGAGCGAGACAGUCCAUUCUACCCUGUCCCAGGCGACUCAUCGCUUCGCCUGGGGGACAGCACGGGCCUCGAAGGCGCGUCGAUGGACCAGCUCUUUGACUUGGGGAGCGCGAAGAAGGGUGCGAACACGACGGAGGCGAAUUUCUUCGGACUCGAGCAGGCGCGUCGGCCAGCCUCGAUAUUGGCCGCCUCGUCCCCCAAUGCCACGGGAAAACAAUGGACGGCGCACCCGCCAUACCGCUUCGCCGUCGAGUUUUGGGACGUCGACGCGCUCAAGGAGAAGAGUCGCUUGCAUUCGCAUACGAUCUGGUACGCGGGGAGCCUGUACAAUGUCUACGUCCAGGUUGUGCGCAAGAAGGGCAUCCAGCUGGGCAUAUACCUUCACCGCCAGUCUACUGUCGACCCAAUCCCUACCUCGUCCGCUCCUGUCACCGUGAUGCUGCCCGCUCCGUCGCGUGACAGGAGUAUCAUAGGUCGUGGCGCAUCCUCGUCCGUCUCCAGCGCGCGCCCCCCUUCGCUCAUCGCUAGUGGGAGCGGGAUAUUCUCCACCUCCCAGUCCACAGUGCCGGGGUCGCCUCUCGCGCGCACAAGCACCACCCCAACCACCCCGAACUCGCCCGCCCGGCCGGCGCUAUCCUCGUCCCUCCCAAGCUCUCCCGGGUUCGCGCGCUCCUCCACAAACCUGCACGGCAGCUCAAACAGCAUCGGCUCGCUCGCGCUCCCCGUGACGCUGCCCGCGAUGGCCCCCGCCGUGACGCCCCCGCAGCCGUACCGCGACCCGCGCCCGGCGGUCAGCGCGUACUUCACGAUCGCGUGUGCGAGCGCGACUGGGGCGAGUCUGACGCGCUUCACGAGCGCGCCGGAUGUGUUC